GCUCCCUCGUCCCUUCUGUUCUGCUGCCCCAUCCACAGCAGUUACUGCUACACUGCUGCUAAGCCAAGCCUCGACGCCGACGACUCGCCGGUGCGCCCCCGCGGCUAGCAAGCAGCGCGCGCGCGCGCUGCAUAGUUCCCCGACAGAAGGACAUGCUCCCAGCGCUCCUCGGCGGCUACCUGGCCGCCUACCCGCCGCCGCCUCUCCUACCCGCAGCAGCAGCCCCGAGCUCAAGCGCGCGCCUUCCGGCUCCCUUCCCGGCUCGAGUCAGUCACGCGCCUCGCCUCGUCGCGCGACGGUGCGCUUCGGGGGCGGGGGCGGGGGAGGCGGCGAGCGCGUCAGCCGCCGCGGAGGGCGACGACGAGUACGAAGCGGAGCUCCAGGACGAAGGCUUCCCAAGGUGGGAGGGCGGCGGCGGUGGCGGAGAGGAGGAGGAAUACGACCAUGACCCCGAGAUUGGGGACAUUAUGGGGGAUUACUUCGACGACCCCAAGAAGGCCCAGACCCGCAUGGAGGAGAGGAUAAGGAAGAAGCGCCACAAGAUCGUGCAGGCCAAGUCCGGCUCGCCCAAUCCCAUGAAGGUCGUCUUCAACAAAUUUGACUUCUCCAAUUCAUAUAUAUGGUUCGAGUUCUACAAUGCUCUGUUGCCGAAAGAUGCUACCUUAAUUUCUGAUGCUCUACGUUCUUGGCAUAUAGUUGGGCGCCUUGGUGGCUGCAAUUCUAUGAAUAUGCAGUUGUCGCAGUUGCCUUUAGAUUGCAAAAGGCCAACUUAUGAUGCUCUUGAAGGAGCUAACGUCACUCCGACAUCCUUUUACAACAUUGGUGAUCUUGAGAUUCAAGAUAAUCUAGCACGAGUAUGGGUGGACAUUGGUAUUCAUGAGCCAUUGCUUUUGGACAUCCUGCUUAAUGCCUUAACAACCAUAAGUUCAGAUCAUGUUGGUAUUAAGCAAGUACAGUUUGGAGGGUUAGAGUUUGUGAACUGGAAUGAGGACUUGAAAACAGAAGAAGUUGGAUAUAGCGUCCGCAAAAUCUAAAAUAUCACAAUCGCGAGAUUUGCAGAAGCACUACUAUUUUAGGUACUGUGCAAAUGCAACAACUGGUCCGAGAACAUAAUAUGCCACACAAAGGCUUCAGCCACUCUGAUCCUGCAAAUGAGAAGAAAAAUGAUGACAGCGCCAUGCAUGAGAAGUUGAUGUCCAACCAUAUUAUUAACUUCCUCUUGAAAAGGGAUUGCCAUCCUUACAGGACUGCUAGCUGCGCACCAUUGGUAAUCCUUUUGGGUACUCGUAAUAUCGUAGUUUCUCUAAUGUCCAACGUGAGGCUCUGACACUAGCUGUGUAGGAGAAAACUUGUAAAAUUAUGUUUUCUUUAGCUAGUGAUAAUCAUGAACUGAUGAACCAUGAUUGAACAAAUGCUAAAUAUGCUUGCUGUAGCCUGAUGUUUUACACCAACUUCGGCUGGUGACCUGUGGCUUAAGAAUUUCCUUGCUUAAUGUGUACAACUUUUUAUACUUUAUAACAUUUUGUAAGUUUUCAUUCAGAUGGAAAUCUUGUACGGAUUAGGGGUUUUUCCAUUUCAGGGUUAUCCAAAUUGUCUGCUA